CAAAUUAAGACAGGGACCUACGUAAAGUGUUUAUGUUAGCCACUGAGCUUCACAUCCAACCCCAGACAAGGCUCUCUUUCCCCGCACGUACAACAAACUCUUGAGUUUCUAAUUCUCUCUUUCUAUAUAUAAAAAUACAUGGUAGCCAGAACAAAGCCAACCCUUAUUUUUAACCCUCUGAUUGAUGAUAAUAUCGCCAACCCACAAGCUCUAUUCCAAGAAAAUCAACUUCUCCUCAAGAAUUUCUCCACAAUAAUAGAUUUCGAUUCCGCCAUGUCCAAGAUUCAUCCUGCGGAGAAGCGAUGCAGCAGCGAAGAUGAUCUGUUCUUGAAAGAUGGUGAUGGUUUUCAACAUGAACGUCGUCGUAAUCCGUGUACGUUAACUGUGUGGAAGAGAUCUAGCAUGACUUUCCAAGGAACUGAUGGAUUCACUGUGUUUGAUACUCAUGGAAGAUUGGUGUUUCGAGUCGACAAUUAUUCUAGGAAGAAUCGAUAUGCAGGAGGUGGUCUUAUUCUCAUGGACGGAGUUGGCAAUGCUUUGCUCACACUGAAACCUCAGAUGAUGAGCAUGCAUUUCCAAUGGAAUGCAUACAGAGGAGAAGAUGUAUAUGAAGAGAAUCCAAAGAUGAAGGUGUUCUCAAUGAGGAGCACAUCGGUGUUUUACAACACUAGCAAAGACGUAGCAGAGAUUUUCAUUGGAGGGCUAACAAAACAAGGUCAGAUGGCAGAUUUUAAGAUCGAGGGAUCAUUCAGGACACGAGAUUGUAAGAUCAAAGCUCCCAAUGGCGAGGUGGUGGCAAAGAUGGCUAGGAAAAGAGUGAACACUACGAUUUUGCUGAGUGAUGAUGUGUUUAGCCUGGUUGUACAACCUGGGUUUGAUGCUCAAUUGAUCAUGGCCUUUGUAAUUGUAUUGGAUCGCAUUUGCAAUAAGCCUUUUGCUCCUCUUUUAUGUUCUUAGAUUCAUUGUUGUAUAAACAAUUACCAGAGUAAACGUACAUAUUAUUUCUCAUUCACACAAAUUUACACUUGGUUGUUAGGGGAGUUUUCCCUAUUGAAUGUUGCAAUUUCUUGUAUUUGUGCUUGAUUUCCAUCGACAUCAGAGAUCCAGAUGCUACCAAUGAGAAAUCACGAUUUUCCCUUGUUAA